GGAAGAUUUUGGGGUAGGGAAGAGCCACGUUUCGGCAGAGGAAGGAACAGGACAAACACGUUGGGCGAGGUCGGCAGCAGGAGAGUUGGGACUCUUCUCGGCUUCACUUCCUCUGGCCAGGAGGAACCCUGAGACAGAAAGGGGCCUGGGGGGGACGGGGGAUUCCUGUCCCCAGCCCACAGCUGCAGACGCAAAACCAAAAGAAAAACCCUGGGAAAGCACAGAUUGUGACAGGACGAUGAGCCAUUUUCCAAAAAUGAAGUUGAGCUUCAUAGGUGGAGCAAGUUCUGAAGAAGUUCUUGUGAGCAGUUUGAAACAGAGAGAAUUAAAAACUGAACUAACCACGCCCACUCUUUCGUUCGUUCCCCCCAAAUUUCCCUGUUUGAAUCAGCUCACAAAAGAGCUUAAAAAAAUGAGAAAAGCAGAGAAAGACCCAGCAAAGAAAUUUAAGAGCUGAAUGCAUGCAACAGGCUUCAUUUGUGUUAAAGAGCCAGCAGCUUCAUUUCCAUCACAUGCUAAGUUUGGUUAAAAUGAAAGGUGGUUUCUGCCCUUUUGGGGGGAGUCAAGCCAGGUGUGCAAAUCCUGUUUACUUAGAUUAUGGUUCAAAGGAUUGAAAGCUCAGAAAAUGGGUCAGUUUGUUAACUGAGAUUAAUGAGUUGUCUGAACACAGCACAGCCCAUUUACGAUGUUUUUUUGUUUUUCCGCUGGCAACUAGUGUUUACUUCUGAUUUCCAACAAAAAACAUUGGCUAAAAUGAUCCACUUAAUGGCCUGAUCGCAAAAAAGAUUGUAAAAUCUGGUGCAGUCAAGUGGUGACUCUGUUAAUAACUGGCAUGAUUUAUGACUAUAAUUCCAGGUUCAAUCAUAGUCAUAAAUCGAGGUCUAUCUGUAAUCACCUGUAAUAAUCGGAGGCUGCAUUCUGAGUUCCAAACGCCACGCACUCAAACUACACAGGCCCUAUCCUCUUCAGAAUGCCCUCCAAGGGGUGGAUCAUGACUCCAAAGACUCCAAGGGGUCUCAGCAAGAAUUUCGAGACGGGCUCAGCAGAAGCAACAAGACGAUGCCAGAGAAUGAGACAAGCGCCCCUUGGAGAUCAGCCUGGGUGGUCAGCACAAGCGGCCCUCUCCUGACCGGGCAAAGCAGCCCUGACUACAAAGCCAGGAGGCUGGCGGCCCCCACCAUCAUCGUCCAGGCCCAGAACGGGACCUGCCAGGUCCUCCUGAGCUGUGCUGGGGCAGAAGAAGAAGCAGGCCACCUGAAUUUCACCUGGCUCCAGGUCAAUGGCAGCGAGGUUCUCUCCACGGCGCAGACAUUGCAGAUCUCCCAGAAGCCUCAGCAGGGCGUCCCAGACUAUAUCUGCACUGUUCGCAACCAGGCGGGUGAAAGUUCCAGUGUGAUUUCGCUGAAGGAGCAUUGCCAGGAUCCGUCUAUCCCCAGCAAAUACCUCUCGGCAUCUUUUUAUGCUAAAUAUAUCGUCCCGCUUUUGAUUGUUCUUGUGAUCUUGCUGGUCCUCUUCUUAAUGUACAGACGAAAAAGAGGAAGAGAAAUCCACAGCAGCAUGGAGUCCAUCAAUGAAUCUUCAGACUCCGACAAUGAGGUGCCUCCUUCGGUGGAACAGAUGGCAGAGGUCAGCUUCCUUCCUGAGGGCAUUAAACCUUUCUCUCAGGACAACACGUCCACUGCAGGAGCAGAAUCGACCAUCAGCAACCAGGAAAACGCCUCCGAUACACGGAAGCAACUUCCAACUCAAGCAUGAUUUUUGCUUCAGAUUCUGGGUCACUGCCUUCUCCCCAUUUUAAGGAAUUUGUGGUGGGAAAGAGGGCUGGCCACCCCAGGUGAGAAGCUCUGGAAUCACACACACACACACACACACACACACACACACACACACAUACACACACACACACACACACACGGCAGCCCCUGGCUUCCAAGACUGGCAUCUCCAACUUCCCUGGUGGCAAAACCAGCACCAUAGGAGCAGGACCAUAAGUUUUGACACUUUUGACAAGACUCUCUUUCUGGACCACCUCCAAAAAUUGGAAGUGGAAGAGACCACACUUAGAAUGCUGUAUCCAGUUCUGAUCAACACAGUAGAAAAAAGAUGCUGAGACCCUAGAAAGAGUGCAGAGAAGAGCAAUAAAGAUGAUAAAGUUCUGGAGGUUAAACCAUACAAUGAACAACUGAGUGAACUAGGAAUGUCUCUUCUAACGAGAAGGAUUAGGGGUGACAUGAUAGCAGUGUUCCAGUAUUUGAGGGGCCGCCCCAAGGAAGAGGAGGUUCGACCUAUUCUCCAAAACACCAGAAGGCAGGAGAAGAAGCAACGGAUGGAAACUAAUCAAGGAGAGAAGCAACCUGGAACUAAGGAGAAACUUCCUGACAGUGAGAACAGUUAACCAGUGGAAGGGAUUCCCUCCAGAGGUUGUGGGUGCUCCAUCACUGGAGGUUUUCAAAAAUAAACUGGAAAACCGUUUGUUCAGAAUGGUGUAGGAUGUCCUGCCUGGGCAGAGGGCUGGACUAGAAGACCUCUGUUCUUUGAGUGGGAGGUCAAAUGAGGAUUGCCUUUCUGGGUGUCUGAGGUCUUAUUCCUCUCCCUAUCAUACUGAACAUCUGUGUGAAACUACUGGAAGGAGUCAUCCACCAAUUCAGGAUGCUGUAUCAUCAGUCUGUAGGUGAUACCCACUUAUCUGCGCCUAUCCUGGUUUGAAUGGUGGUCACAGUGGAAACUCUGACUGGGUCUCUGAAGAUUGUCAUGGUCUGGAUGAGUCAGACUCGGCAAGAGAGAGGCUACAAAAUGGAAUGAAUAAUUGCAAAAUGGGGGGGGGACAAAACAGAGAAUGUAGAUUUGCAACUAUUAUAAAAUGAACUACUGUAUAAUAUUUCAACAUUACAAUAUGGGGGGAACGAGAAAGAGGUCUGCCCUCGCUAACCCCUGGCUUCCAGAAACUUGCACGAUCCUUAUGGAGAAGGGCAUGAAGUGGCACAUCUCUUCUUCUUUCUCUGGAGAAGCCGAAGAUCCCCACGGGAUCCUCAAAAUGUGAGUAGUAUCUCAUGAUACGUCUUUUCCCCAAAUUCCCACCCUUGUGACCAACUGCCAGUCUGCUUGCCAAGCAAACGAUGCCCGUCUUUCAGGGGCCAAAUGCAACUUCUCGGCCUCUUGUGGAAACCCCACCAGGGGGUAAAAACCAACUCCUGGUCUGCAGGGGCUCCCUCAAUUAGGAGCAGACAAAUUCUGACUAGGAGCUGCCAAGAAAACGUCCACUGCUGGGGGAAGAGAUGGGUCAAAGGGGCGGGGGGGGGGAAACGAAGCUCACCUGGGAUCAAUGGCAGACACACCUGGGGAGGGGAGGCUCAUACUGUAUAUAGAUACUUGUCAACCUGUUCCAAGUUUGGGGGUCCUCGGUUCUCUGUGAGCUCGGUUGUUCUCUUGCAGACAUUUCAUUACCUAACCUGGUAACAUCACCAGCCUCAAAUGUUUGAAUGUUGGGAUCCAUGUUGAGGAAUUUCAAUGAUUACGCUUCAGUUAGCACUGAUUAUGUUACCUAGUUGGAUAAUAAAAUGUCUGUAACAAAACAACUAAGCUCAAAAAGUAUCAAGCACCCCAGAGUUGUCGUCCUCCUCCUCUGCACACCCCACUUCCUUCUGGCAUUGACGAUGUUACCUAGUUGGGUCCUGAAACAUCUGCAGGAAAACCACCAGAGAGCAUCAAGGACGCAUCUGUUCAACCCUGAGCUAGAUAAGCCCGUCUAUUGCUCCAAGUUUAAUAUCAAUUUGUUAUAUAAUCUGGAGUAAUAUUUAAUCUAUUAUUUCCUCCUUUGUAAAACUUGCGAUUUGCCAUCCCAAACAGAAGUAGCAAUUUUUUUCUUGUUCCUGUCAUAGCCGAUGAUCCAGCUAUUGAUCCUGUAAUGAAUCCCUUAUUGUAAAUAAAGAAACGCCAGGAGUUAAAUUGG